UUCUUAGCUGGGGGUGCGGAUGCCGAAUCUGGCUUUCGUAGCUUCCCCGACGUGGCGAAUCUGCCGUUGCCUCACACAGUGUCCGGCCUCUCGGGCAAGCUUGUGGAAUCUGCUGCGGGAAGAAAGAAACAAGGUUUCCUGGGCCCUGUGCUGUCAUGGCGGCGGCCAGCCCGAGCGCGGGGGGCUCGGCGCCUGAGGCUGCGGGUUCCCCCGAAGCCCCGCUGCAAUACAGCCUUCUCCUGCAGCACCUGGUCGGGGACAAACGUCAGCCCCGGCUUCUAGAGCCGGGCAGCCUGGGCGGGAUCCCCAGCCCGGUCAAGAGCGAGGAGCAGAAGAUGAUCGAGAGGGCGAUGGAAAGCUGCGCCUUCAAGGCGGCGCUGGCCUGUGUGGGAGGAUUUGUCUUGGGAGGUGCAUUUGGGGUGUUUACUGCCGGCAUUGAUACCAACGUAGGCUUUGACCCAAAGGAUCCUUACCGUACACCAACUGCAAGAGAAGUUCUCAAGGACAUGGGGCAGAGAGGAAUGUCCUACGCCAAAAAUUUUGCCAUUGUGGGUGCCAUGUUUUCCUGCACUGAGUGUUUGGUGGAGUCCUACCGGGGCAAGUCUGAUUGGAAGAACAGUGUCAUCAGUGGCUGCAUCACCGGGGGAGCUAUUGGUUUCAGAGCUGGUGUAAAGGCUGGGGCCAUUGGCUGUGGAGGUUUUGCUGCUUUCUCUGCUGCAAUUGAUUAUUACCUACGGUGAGAGGAGUGGUCUAGGGGAAGGAUGCUGCUGGCCAGGAUGGAACUGUUCUUUGAAGAACAGUUUCUAUACUGCUUGGUAUUACUUCAGGAGCAAUGGAUCUGAAUUGUUGGUUUUUCCUUCAUAUGGCUAAUGGUGUGAGAGAGCCACCAGGCUGUUCUCUGCCUCCAGCCUGUAGUGUGGCCACUCUGCCGCUCCUGGACUCCAGCCAGGAGCUGGGCCAUGUCAGAUUGACUCCUUCAAGCCUGUCAGGAGGUAGUUGGUUGACUGUAUGAAUUAUGUUCCACCCACGCUCAGUCCUGACCACAUCUAACUCACUAAGUUGUUUGAUGCAGUGGGUACAGAAGUGGCAGCGUUUACCAAGACCCAGGAAGCACUUCUGCCUUGGAACUCUAUGCAAAGAUCCAUCUUGUACACUAGGGCAGGGAAAAGUACAUUUAUGCCAUCCAGCCAAUGAUGUCAUUUUCUUUAGUGUUUUGCCAUCCUUGUUAAAAAAUAUAUAUAUAUCUAUAUAUAUUUA